AUGGCUGACAAAAAGGUGGCAGGUGUAGUUGUUGGUAUAUUUGUUUGUUGUUGUGUGGGUCUACUAGCUGGUUAUUUCCUAGGUAGGGAAAUACACUUUCGUCCUCCGGUUGAUUGUAAAUGGCAAAACUGGACUCAAUGGAGUGAAUGUUCUCAACAAUGUGGUGUAAAUGAAACACAACAUAGAAAUAGAUCGUACUCGACACAAGCAGAGUAUGGAGGAAUUGACUGCUAUGGAGAGCAUUUUGAGAAACGUAGGUGCAACGUAUUGUGUUAUAAUGGAGGUACUACCCUGUCGGAACGAAACGGCUGUAAAUGUAAAAGUGGAUUUACUGGGAAGUGCUGCGAAUGUAAAGUAAAAGAUUGCAAAAUGAGCCAGUGGAGUGACUGGUCAACGUGUUCGCGUGAAUGUGGCUAUCUCGGAACAACAUUCAGGACUCGCAAUAUUGACCAGACUCCAGAAUGUGGUGGAAGUGUAUGUACAUCGUCACUGACAGAACAGCAGCCAUGUAAUCGAAUUUGCUACAAUAGUGGUAGAAUAGAAGACGGCAUCUGCAAGUGUCCAUCCGGAUAUAGCGGCCAAUGCUGUGAGUGUAAAAUAAAACACUGUAAAUUGACUCAGUGGAGUGAUUGGUCACUAUGCUCGCAUGCUUGUGGACCUUUGGGGACAAGCUAUAAAAUUCGAGAUAUCCAACAGCUGUCUCUUAUACACAUCUAG